GUCAUCAGAUCUUCACAAAAUGAGGGUCGUUGCUUUGCUGUGUCUCGCUGCCACUUUGGCUGUCACUGCUACCUUACCUGCAGGUGCUCCAGUUCCUCCAGCUGCCCCGAUGAUCCCCUCUCUUGCCAUGAUCGAGGCCUUCAUUCCGACGCCCGAGGAGAUCAACGCCCUCAACGCCCUCCACACCACGCCCGCCCCCGGGGUCGUGCCCACUCCAGGGGCCGCCCCCCUCGCACCUCCAACCAUGCCUCCUGCAGUAGCAAAUCUGGUCGCCAAGUACAAGGCCGCAGCCGCAGCCUUCAUCCCUUCCACUGCAGCGCCUGCCUGAGCUGAUGCCCUUUCCCUGUGAGUGUCGACCAGGCAGUUUACAAGAGUCACUUUCUCUUUUGUGAAUGGAUGGUAGAAGGAAAUCAGUAUUAUAAUCACCGUCAUUCUAAUUAAUUUCUUCAGCAAACUUUGAAUUAAACUUUGAAGUAAAUAAAAAACGAGGACAUUAUUUUCAUUUAUAGAACUACUACAUGACGGUGUAGAAAUCUCCCAAAAUUACAUUGGUUUA